UUUCAAAAACAAUUUUAAUAUUUGUUUUCCUGUUGGUUCAGUUUCACAUAAGCUAAAGAAUACACAGACACUUCAUUGAUUCUCUUGCAGUUCCCUUUUAGUUUCUGAAUUUCUUUCUCAUCAGUCAGGUCCGACACUGGACACACGGCUCCAACAACACCGCAAUGUGUAUCUGUGGCAAGCAAAUCGCAACUGUUGUGGUCUCUCAAGGCACUUUCCUUAACAGAAAAAUGAGGUAUUGCAAUUUUCUACCUUGGAAAAUGUGUUACCGGCUAAAGCAUAAGUUCGCAGAGAAGAAGUUUGUUCAACGGGUCGGAAGCUCUUCCAAAUUGCGGAAAAGAGUAAUAGCUGUCAUGGAUUACAACCUUUCUGACCUAAUUGGUAAUGGAAGUGAUGAAAUGAAAUCUGAAAUGAGUCCCAAAGAUGCAUUAGAUGAUGUGGACAUCUCUUUGAUAUGUAAGAGGUUUCCAUCAAUUACCUUGGGUAGCGCUGCUCGAGUGGAUUUGUAUGAUGGGACUAUAUCAUGUUCUGAAACAAUGAACUCUUUCACAACAGAAAAUAUUGAAAAUUGUUUAUCUAAUUCUUCAGAGGCAAGGUGGGUUCAAAGUGCUCUUUCUGAAGAAUGGCCUUCUUUAUAUGUCAAGCAUUCUAGUGUAUCAUCUUCCACAUCAGGAAAAGAUAAUUCUUUUCCUUCUUUGCUGCCUGAUUUAAUGUCUUCAUUACAAGAAAAAAAUUCAGAUCAAAUCACCAGGGAAGAUUGUCAAAUGAAAGUGGGAAUGGAGUCACAGCCAAAUCCUACACUAAGAGAGUUAUUUCUUGAUAAGUCUAUAAACUGCAUACCUGGGUUGAGUAAGAGGCACUACAGGAAGCUGGAGGACUGUGGGUUUCACACUUUACGAAAAUUGCUGCUCCAUUUUCCACGAUCAUAUGCUAAUAUGCAGAAUGGACAUGCUAAAAUUGAUGAUGGAGAAUAUUUGAUUUUUGUUGGAAAAGUCUUAUCUUCAAGGGGUGUCAAAGCUAAUUAUUCAUUGUCAUUUCUUGAGGUGGUUGUGGGCUGUGAAAUUGCUGAAAGUGAAUGUGGUUUUGAGCAUGUAACCACCAAUGCUAUUGGUGUGCAAGAGAGGACAAUUUAUUUACAUCUAAAGAAAUUUUUUCGUGGUUCACGUUUUACCUUCAAAGCUUUUCUUCAAAGGCUUGCAGAAAAGUAUCAAGAGGGAGACAUAGUAUGUGUCAGUGGCAAGGUCAGGACUAUGCGUGCUAAAGAUCACUAUGAGAUGAGAGAAUAUAAUAUUGAUGUGCUUGAAGAUGUAAAAGAUUUGUCCUUUUUCGCUAAAGAGAGGCCAUAUCCUAUCUAUCCUUCAAAAGGGGGUUUGAACCCAAAUUUUCUUAGGGACACUAUUGCAAGAGCUUUACAAGCCUUGCCUGUCAAUGUAGAUCCAAUUCCUAAAGGUAUCACAGAGCAAUUUGGAUUACCAAGUCUUCAUGAUGCAUAUUUUGGAAUCCACAAACCCAAGGACGUAAGUGAAGCUGAUUUGGCCCGCAAGAGACUCAUAUUUGAUGCGUUUUUUUACCUGCAGUUAGGACGCUUAUUCCAAAUGCUGGAAAGUCUUGGUACACAAAUAGAAAAGGAUGGAUUGCUUGAUAAGUAUAAAAGACCAGAAAAUAAUGCUGUGGGCACUGAGGAAUGGUCUUCUCUCACCAAGAGGGUUAUUGAGGUCCUUCCAUAUACUCUUACAACCAGUCAACAACAUGCUGUUUCAGAAAUUAUUUGGGAUCUAAAAAGACCAGUUCCAAUGAAUCGGCUUCUUCAGGGUGAUGUUGGAUGUGGAAAAACUGUUGUAGCUUUUCUUGCAUGCAUGGAGGUUAUUGGCUCUGGCUAUCAGGCUGCUUUCAUGGUUCCAACUGAGUUGCUUGCAAUCCAGCAUUAUGAUCGUUUGCUUAAAUUGCUUGAAAAGUUGGAUGAUGGCAUGUGCAAGCCAACUGUUGCUUUACUUACAGGUUCAACCUCACUAAAACAAUCCCGGAUUAUUCGUAAGGGUAUCCAGACUGGAGAAAUCUCGAUGGUCAUAGGAACCCACAGUUUGAUAGCAGAAAGUGUAGAAUUCUUAGCCUUACGUAUUGCUGUGGUGGAUGAACAGCAUCGCUUUGGUGUGAUUCAAAGGGGAAGAUUUAACAGUAAGUUAUAUUAUGCAUCUUCAAAUUCAAACAUGGAAGAGGCCGUCACAGAUGAUUCCUCAAAGAUUGAUGCUUAUAUGGCUCCUCACGUUCUUGCAAUGUCUGCUACUCCUAUCCCAAGAACACUUGCACUUGCUUUAUAUGGUGACAUGUCAUUGACACAGAUAACUGACUUACCUCCUGGAAGAAUUCCUGUUCAAACGUUUACCAUUGAAGGAAAUGACAAAGGAUUUGAGGAUGUCUACAAGAUGAUGUUGGAUGAGUUAGAAGAUGGAGGAAAAGUUUAUCUUGUCUACCCGAUUAUUGAACUUUCUGAGCAGUUGCCUCAGCUUCGUGCUGCCUCUGCAGAUUUUGGAGUUAUAUCACACCGAUUUCAAGGAUAUAAUUGUGGCUUACUACAUGGAAAAAUGAGAAGUGAAGAAAAAGAAGAAACAUUAAGAAAGUUUAGAAGUGGAGAAAUACAUAUACUACUUGCAACUCAAGUAAUUGAGAUUGGUGUUGAUGUUCCUGAUGCAUCUAUGAUGGUUGUGUUGAACUCUGAGAGGUUUGGAAUUGCACAACUACACCAACUUAGAGGACGAGUAGGACGUGGUACAAAGCAAUCAAAAUGUAUACUAGUAACAUCAACUGUCAGUAGCCUAAAUCGUUUGAAGGUACUAGAACAAUCAUCAGAUGGGUUUUAUCUUGCUAAUAUGGACCUUCUCUUACGGGGACCUGGUGACUUGCUUGGAAAGAAACAAUCUGGACAUCUUCCUGAGUUUCCUAUUGCCAGAUUGGAAGUUGAUGGGAAUAUUUUAGAAGACGCCCAUGUUGCUGCACUGUUGUCAAUCCCGCAUAUGAAGAAUGGGAAGUUCAAGACAAGAUGUUGCUUUCUUUGCACAAUCAACCCUCUCCAAGUUAAUUCUGUCAUGCAUUUUUGUUGCUGUUGAUUCGUAUCAGGUAUGGGAAUAGAUACAUGACCACUUCUCCACUAAGACCAAGGCUUGUGCGAGGCAGCGUCAACUGAUCUUUGACCAACUUCUCUUGAAAACAAGACCAUGCGAAAUUCUUGGGACACAUCAAGUCCAUUGCUGAUGAACUUGCUAGCAUUGGACGUUCUGUUACACCAGAAGAAUACACUGAUGCAAUUCUUGUAGGGCUUUCUCUAGAAUAUGCCCCAACCAUCAAAAGUAAAUAUGAAAUGCCUCAGAUUACAGUAGAGAGGCUAUUCUCCUUGCCUAUGAGUCCAGCAACAAUCGCUUUCUAUGCUCAACUAUUCUGAAUCUUAUUAUCAACUGUCUUCAAAAGUUCAAGAACACUCAAAGAACUUCAACCACUUCGGUUCUUCUGAUUGUCUGGUUUAUGGAGAUAGUGGACAUAGUCGUGGUGGCAGAUUUGCAAACUUCCAAUGCCAAAUGUUUCUCAAAUAUGGUCAUACCGCAGACAUUUGGUUAUACCGCGCAGAUACUUCUUACCAACCAAAUGAGUCUCUUGUUUAUGAUCUGUAUUCUUCAUGAUUCCCUUUUCCUAUCAUCAUCCCUUUUCCUGGCCUCCUUCAUGUUUUUCUUGUCUUCAUGUAGUGUUUGGUUUGAUUUCUUGUAGUUUCAAUCACAUUAAAACACUUCAGAAUAUCCAAAACUAUAUGCAAUUAAGAAGCUAUGUUGAUCAUGUUUUUUAUCUCAAGCUCAUUUAGCUAUCUUAGAAUAAAUACUAAUUAAAAUAAUAUUUUAAGCACAAAAACUAAUUAAAAAAACAAUAUUAAAGAUUAAAUGAGGAUAUAAAGAUGUGUGUGCAGUCGAUAAACUUAUGAUCGUUUCAUGGUAUUUGUUUUUGAGAUUUUACCUUUGAUGUCGACAUGGGUUCUAGUUCAUUCCAAUUACCCCAGUCCCACUGA